AUGACCACAGUAAUUCUCAGCAAAGACAGCACACCAAAAAUAUUUCAGUAUUUCUCAGACUUAACAGUAAAGACGAAAGGCGAAAUUCAUGGUUGGUCUGAUUUUAAUAAGGAAGAAGACUUAUCAAAGUAUAGACAGUCAAAUUUUGACGUCAUUUCUGAAGAUGAACUAUCUGACCAAAGUAGUGAUGAUGAACCGGAAAGUAUACCGCAAAGUAAAACUAAACUGAAAAGAAAGCGGGGAAAAGUUGAGUCGAAAAAAAUAAUGACCUACGAUGUUUUUGAAAAAGAAACAUGGAAGAGAAUAAAAGAUAAGGACUGUAAAUAUAACCCAUCACUUGUUUAUACGGAAAUCAUGUCAUUUAUCAAAGGAUCAUAUGAGGCAUUAGAGUCCGCAACUGGAUUUCUUAAUUUUGAGGAAUAUAUAAAAUUGGGGAGAAAAAUGGCGCCUAUGUUUACGGAGGAGAGAGAAAAAAUCUAUGAGAUGUUUCAAGCAUACGAACAUCAUAAACAAAAAUCCUUUUAUAUUGAUGAGGCGGAUAUAACUAGGGAUUUAUAUAACAGGUUAUCCAAACAUCGGAAUAGAGAUAUUCUUGUCGAUGAGGUUUACGUUGACGAAACACAAGAUUUCACACAAGCAGAAAUUUGCAUUCUUGUAUUGUUGUGUCAGAAUCCAAACCGCAUAUUCCUGACAGGAGAUACUGCUCAGUGUAUUAUGCGUGGGACUGCGUUCAGAUUCACAGAUAUAAAAUCUCUUUUUCAUUUCCUGGCAGAGAAGCACAAAUCUAGAAGAAUACACGUCCCAGAAAAGAUCUACCACCUGCCGCAUAAUUACAGAUCACAUUCAGGCAUACUGAAUAUGGCGUCAAGUGUUCUUGAAUUAAUGGAAGAUUUUUUCCCAGAAUCGUACGACAAACUUGAAAAAGAUAUCGGAAUGUUAACUGGUCCAAAACCAGUUUUACUCGAAAGUAAUUUGAGGGACCUCCCGUCACUUCUGAAUGAGACUAAGAGACAGACGUCUCACAUUGAACUUGGGGCGCAUCAAGUUAUUCUCGUUUUUAAGGAGGGGACAAAAGAAGAAGCACAGAGUAUAUUUAGUAAAAGUCUUGUUAUGACGAUUGAUCGAGCUAAAGGACUAGAAUUUGAUGAUGUUUUGCUGUUUAACUUUUUCAGGGACUCACAUGCAAAGAAAGAAUGGAGAACUGUGAUAAAGUAUUUAAAUGAAAUAACCAACAAUCCAGAUCAUUUGACCAAAGAUUUACCCAGUGUUGUGGAAAUACAAUGUGGUAAGACUUCAUUUCAUUUUUAUCUCUAA